AUGACCAUGCUUCCGGUUGCUGCGGCAUGUUUGGGAAUAACUAUUGUUGUCCAGAUUAUUAUCAUUGAACGAAGACUCGCUGCCAUCCCAGGACCAUUUCUGGCCAAAUUUACCGAUUAUUGGAAAGUAUACCAUUUGCUGAAAGGCGACUAUGGCGAGACUAUUUACUCGUGGCAUCAGCGCCAUGGUCCCAUGAUCCGCACGGGUCCUCGUCAUAUUAGUGUGGGGGACCCGAAUGAAGUCUCUAGGGUUUACCAAAUUAAGCCUCUGUUACACAAGGGAAAUAUGUACAAGGGUGUUGUUGGCUGGGUUAAAGGAAAGAACGUUGCCGGACUUGAGGGAAUGGUUGAUGAAGUGGAACAUACAAAUGUCAAGAGAGUGAUUGCACCAGCCUUUUCUUGGAGGUCUGUUCUGAACUACGAAUCUCAUAUUAACAACAGCGCGGAAGAACUGGUAAAAAACCUUGAAAAUCGCGACUUUGUUGAUAUAAAUGAAUGGUUUCCAUACUGGGCUAUUGAUAGUAUGAACAACAUUGCCUUUUCUACUGAUAUGGGGUUCAUGAAACAAGCCACGGAUAUCGGGGGGACCAUGAAAACAAUUCGCGCUUUCACCUCAGUUUGGAUGUAUAUAUUUGCAUUUCCCACCGUUUUCAUGUGGUUUGCAUGGGCGCUGAGCUUCUUUGUUGGACCUAGCGGAAAAUUGGUCGCCAUGUGCUUGGAGCGCGUCAGUAGUCGGAUGGAAGAGAAGAAGAAGGAGGACAAGGUCGCGACAGAGGUGGACCUUCUGGAUUUCUAUAUCAAAGCAAGACAGGAGCAUCCAGACAUCAUUGCACAUGAGAGAGUCAUCGGAAUGACGUUCACGACACUGCUUGCUGGAGCUGAUACCACAGCUUUCAACCUGGCGUGGACAGUAUACUACUUGCUCAAAAAUCCAGCCGCUCUCCGAUGUCUCCAGGAAGAGCUUGACAAAGCUGUUCUAGAAGACAGUAUGUCUUACCCACCAACCCUUCAGGAGUUGUCAAAGCUUCCAUACCUCGAUGCUGUCUUCAAGGAAGGUAUGCGAUACGCAUUGAUACUUCAGCUGAACAUGGAUCGAGUUGUGCCAAAGGGCGGAAUGGAGAUAUGUGGCCACCAUAUUCCAGCAGGAACCACCGUCGGAUGCCUGUCACGGGUGAUUCACUUCGACAAGGGUGUUUAUGGCGCAGAUGCCGAGAGCUUCCGGCCCGAACGAUGGCUAGAAGCAAGUGAAGAGCAACGAAAGGUCAUGGAGCGAUGCGCAAUUUGGUUUGGAAGUGGAAAGCACACUUGCAUUGGUCAGCAUUUUGCUCGGGCAAAGACGAUCAAGGCAUUGUCCAUGAUGUUGAUGAAGCUGGAGAUCUCUGAUGCUGAUAAAGACGCGAAAAUGGUUUCCGGAGCUAUCAGUUCGACACGUGCGCCGACACAUCCUUACUACAUCAAAGUCAAGAAAAGGGACGUGUAUCUAGCAGAAGCGUAG